GCUUUGCUCAUUCAAGAGAAUAAAUCUGGUUCUGAGAACAUAGAGACAUAUCUCAAAGAUAUUAACAUUGGAACUCUUCCCAAGGAAGAGGAGAUAUGGGAAGUUCCACUACCAAUGAUUUCUGUUCCUAUGGAAGCAGUCUCUGAAUCUGAAACAAUGAUUUAUGGGAAAGGUUUAAAUAUUUUUUUCUCAUCACAGGAGCAAAAACUAUUUUAGCAAUAUUUUAUCUCUUUUCCUCCAAAUUUCACUAAAAUUUUCAAGCAUUCAAUUUUAUUAUCCUUAUAUUUCUGUUUUGAGCUACCCAGUAAACACUUUGAACUAAUUCUGUAAUAUUGAUCCAUAGGUCUCUCAACUCUUGAGUCAGAAGAUGAGUCAAAUGGUGGAGCUGAAAGCCAUGGAUCCACGUCAUGGCCACCUAAAAGUGGUUUGGACAGAGAUCUAACAUCAACUGUCCUAAAGGGUAAACAUUUUCAAAUCUGAGGUUAAUUGUAAAAUUAUCUAGAAGCCAGUAAGUAGGGCUUACUAAAUUUCAAUGUAUGACAGGUUCAGUAAUCCACAUGUAUGCUCAAAGCAUCCUAAAAUUGGGGAAACUUAGCAUGCAAUCUAUGAGAUUUCAGGUGGUCACAUCGAAUCAUUAGCAGUGUUCAGUAUAUUUUAAUAAAUUGUGUACAGGGAUAUGGGGAAUAUUCAAUACACUAAUUGGGUGUGUUUCAUUUUUUUAAAUUUCAAAAUCUCUAUUCAUUCUUUAGACCACACCCCUACUAUGUGGCCCCCACCUCAAGCACCACAAGGCCUAGUCAGUAAACAUUAUCCUACUGUUAACAUUGUAUUGGAAGAAGCUCCUUCUGAGAGAGAAAGUCCAUAUUUAGAGACAAUUAUAAAGGAAGGAACUGUUGUGGUAGAAGGUGAGAGACAAAACACCAAUAAGCUUGAUGCUAGGACUAGGUCAACCAGCUAUUGCACCUAAAUUAUGUAACAGUUUGCCUCAAUCUUUGAGGGAAAUUGAAAAUGAUAAAAAGAUUAUUUAAGAAACAUUUUAAGACUUUUUUCUUUCAAUAGAUUUUAGGGCAUUAGAGCACUUUGAGUAUGCUAAAAUAGCAAGGACACAAGCGCUAUAAACAUAUUCAAUCAUCAUCACCAGAGUAUUUAUGAUAUCAAAACACUUUUUUCUAUUUAUUUAAAAAAUUUAAUGUCCUAAGGAACUUUAGCAAGUUUUUCUUUUUAUAGCCCUGUUAUAAAAUGGAGGAGGAAAAAUAUGUUGAGAGCCUGUGAUUUUGGUAAACUAUUAUUAUUAUUUAUUGCUAUUUACUUCUUCUGCAGAUAAAGGUCAUCUAACAGAAGAAGUGUUAAGAGAAGACAUAACUACAGGUGUCUUGAAAAGACCAAAUUCUAUGGAAGAGGCAAUGAGUCAAAUUGUUAGGUCGCAAGUAUGAGACUUUUUUUGAAUGAGUAUUAUAUAUCUAUCAUCAGUUACAAAAUUAAAUGUUGUUUAAUUAUCCUGUUUUUUUUUCAAGCUUAAAUAUAUCUUUACCACUAUCUAUUUACAUCAAAACCUCUACUUUAAUUUGUUUUUUUUAAUUAGUGAUAACUGUUUCUUUUGAUUUCAUUUUGGCAAGAGUGUUAGCAACUGUGAAUCUUUGCAAAUUUGCAGGCUUGGGCAACCCAAAGCAAGUGUUUCCCAUGAGUUCAGUUCCAUUAUUCAUGGAUUUGAGGGAGACUUUAAUGCAAUCUUUGAUGCAUUUGUUUCCACUCACUCCUGAGCCUUUGCUUCUGGAUAGUUGACAUGUACAUUAGUUUGUUUAGACAGUCUGCUGUGUAGCUUUCUCCCCAAAAAAGUCCAGCUCAUCUGCCAUCCCCCUUUAAUAAGAAUGUGUGGAUGCUGAAAAAACCAAGCCUAUUGUAGGAUUUCAAGUAUACCGUUUUACUUACACAAAUGCUUGUGUCUUCAAUCUGGUUAAGUUUUAUAACAGUCCAACUCCCCUUAUAAAAUUAGACUUUAUAAAGCAGCCAGGUUUACAGCUCAUUGUUACAUUUGUUUUUCUUGCAGGGAAGCAGGGACAGAGAUAAAUUGUCUGGGCCUGAUGAUGCUGGAGAUGUCAGACUAAAAGACAGAGAAGUGAAUAUGACAUCCUCUAAAUUUGAUCCGACUUAUUUGAAGCAGGAAAGAAAAAAUAUGACUUUCAGUGAGUUCAAAUGCAAAAACAUCUACACCUAAGAUCAUCUAAUAUUUUUUUAUUUAUGUUAAACGAUUAGUGAGAAGAAAAUUUUCUUAUUAUCUCUAAACUUUGUUUUUGUGUUAGUUCCCUAAGGAAAUCCCAGGGCCUUACAAUUACAAGAAUUCAUUUCCCCUUUAAUUUAGCCAAAGCCAUUUACAUUAUGGGGGACGUUUUUUGUUUGUUUUUUAGUCUGAUAAACAUAAUUUUACUUUCAUGUUUUGUUUUGCUUUUGGACAGAAAAAUAUCUUUUGGGGUUGUUAGGUCUGCAUAAUUUAGUCAUGGACUAAACUUAUAUAGUGGUUUAUUUUCUCCUAUUCUGGAUUUAAUAUUGAAAAUGUGUCUGGUAAAUAAAAAGAUUUCCAAACUCUGUAUUAAGUCCUCCAUCCUGUUAUGUUAGUUUUAUAGUUAAAUGUAUUAGUUAAUAUGGUGUACAUUUUUUUAAGUUUGAAAGAAUGCCCAAUAUUACAUUCAAGGUGAAGCAACUAAAUGUCUCGUUUUCUUUAUCUUAAUGUUAUACAAAAAUAAAAUGAGCAGCCUUCAUUUAUUUGUUUUUACUUCUAUUUUGCCAAUGUUUGCUUUUUCUUUUAUCUCUGUUAAAUCUGGUCUUUACGCACUUAGGGUAAACUUUUCUUUUGUACUGUAAAUAUAGUAUUUUUUAAAAGCAAUUAAAUUCUCUAAAAUUGCAUUUCUCCACCAUAAUUACUACUUUCUUUUUUAAAAAAAACAUUCAAAUAGGUAUCCCCUUGUGGAAUGAUAACAGCAAUGAACUAGUUUAUACUGAGCUGGCUUGUGUAGGUACAUUGAACAUAGAUUUGCAAGAACUUAGCGCAACAGCUCCAAGCUCUGAAGUUGGUCAGUGGGGAGAACAGUUUGUGCUUGAGUAUCUGAGACAGCAGAUGCGAUCCAAUCAAAACAUUCAUUCAGUGGAAUGGGCCAACUCCGAUGGGGAGAAAGGGUUGCCAUAUGACUUUAUUGUAAAAUAUAGAACCAAUGAGCCUGAUAAGCUUCGUACAGUUUAUGUAGAGGUAGGUGUAUCAGUCCAUGUUUGUAAUAGCCCAUGUUUGUAACAGUAUAAAAUGAGUAAAACAGAGUAGGGUUAAACCUGAAAAAAAUAAACGCAACAAAACAGCGAAUGUGUCGGCAGAAAGCCUUCAUCAGCGAACAAAACAACAGAAAAAACGGUAUAAGAAUAAAAAUAAGAAAUAGCACCUAGCUGCGAAAGUAGUAUCUGUCGGCAGCAAAAGAAAUGUUGUAAAAUGUUUGUAACAGACCAUGCUACUUACGCAUAUGACGCGGAUUUUUCACAUGGCACUAAUAUUUGUUGUCACAGCACAGUUGUGUAGGCAUUUGAUGAUAAAGAAGUAAAACACGAGAAAAGGGGAAAAAAUCACUUUCUGAUGAUUAGGGCCAUACACAAAAAAACAACACACAAGCUGGAAAUUCAAGUUAUUGCCUCGAUUAUUAACCUAAAAAGAAUGUCUCAUUUUUAUAAAGACAUUCGAAAGUUCUUAGACUUGUACUUUUACUCACAAGUCAAGUUAUUUCAAAUAUUUAUAGACAGUAUUAGACAGUCCUUAAAUUUUGUAGUGUUGAGGAGCCCCGCUAAAGCUGCUGAUGGAGCAUGCUUUUGAGCCUUUUACUUCAUCUUUCUGCAAUUGCCAUGCAGUGAAAAAUUUAAUAAAAAUUUACAAAAAUAUUUAAAAUCAAAAUUAAAUUUGAUAGUUUUUAUUUUUUUAUUUUUAAUGCAAAAUAAUUUCAUAUUUUAAAAAAAAAAAUUUUUUUUUUUGUAAACCCAGUUUUAAUUUUUAAAUUUUUUUUGCAGGUAAAAGCUACUGUUUGCUGGGAUAAAGACAUUUUCCCAAUUUCUUCUAAUCAGAUUGAAUUAGCAUUCAACCAGAAGGAUCAGUUCCAGAUUUUGAGAGUUUAUGGAGCUGGUAGUCUAAACUCAAAGCUGGUACUCCUAGAAAAUGUAGCAGAUCUUAUGUGGAAACAACAAAUUCAUCUGUUCAUGGUCAUAUAAUUAAUGCCUGUCACUGUGUGCAGUGUUUGAGAGUAUCAAUAAUGAAGUCAUGGACCAGUUUUUACUUUCUAAAAAAAUAUCUCAAGAUGAUCCCUCACAUCUAUUAUUUCCCCAGAAUAGACAAAAUAACUAUACAGGUUUUAAAAAAACAAAACAAAAAUAGCAGUCUUUCUUGUAAAUUCAGUUAAAUCCAGGUUAGAGGCAUUAGAUACAUUUAAAAAAUCUUUAUUUAAAAUCCAAGCUGAAUUUAGUGAACAAUUUAAAUUCUUAAUAAUUGAAAAAAGUGCAGACAUUAAGGAUUUUUUAAAUAACAUUGGCAUGUGUUUAAUUUUAAUCUCAAUAACAACUCUUUUAUAAUGUCCUCUGCUUUUUUUUUGUUUUUGUUUUUUUGAAGCCCUAAUAAUACUAAUAUAGAUAAAACUUGAGGUCAAUAAAACAUGACUGGAUUGUUCCAAUGGCAUACUCCCUACUUAUAUUUCUCCCUCUCCCAUUAAAUUUAUUUUCUUAGACCCAGAAAGAUAUAACUUUCUUUGAAGAAAUACCACGACACUGCUGAGGCAAGCUAAGGCAAACUUCUCCUUCCGACACACACCCACCCUCUCUUCCCCACCACUUGUCUCACAAUAUUACACCAGUAGUCCAUGUGAGAGUUGUGAUUUUAAACAAUAUAAUCAUUAGCC